AUGAUCAGUGCUGUAGCAGCCAGAAGGGCUGCCGCCGCUGCAAAGUCAACUUCUGCAGAGGCUAGCUCGAGCGCAUCUCCAGCACCGGAGCCUCAAAAUCGAGAAACCUCGAAACCAACUUCGAAGCGCAAGUCACCUUCGUCCGAUCCGGCGUCUUCGAGCAACAAAAAGGCGAAAACGAAGAGUUCGAGCAGUACCAAACCGAGGUCCAAGCCUGGCUCCAGACGAGGCAGUUCCAAACAGAAUAAACCAAAUUCGAAACGGUCCCGCCAACCGGAGCGCUACUUUUCGAUUAGCGAUGCUCAGAAGACGGAGGGAGACUCGUUCGGACGCCAGGAGGAUGUCAUCGAACUUGAUUCUAGCUCGGAGGAAGAUGAUGAGGACGACGACCUUGAAUUGGACGACGACGACGGGGUCACCUUGAUCCAACCCACUCGCACUCGCUCUGCGAAGGACGAAGAAGACGCUGGUUCUUCAAGUGAGGAAGAAGAGGGAGGAAUGGACCUGGAUAUCAUCCAAAUGAACCGAUUCAGUCUUUUGUCCCGGCCUCCAGCGACAGCUCCACCCUCAGAGCCUUCGACGCUUUCUACAUUCCGCCCUGUCCUCGACAAGAAUAUCUUCCAAAUCUCGCCAGAAGACUUCAACCUCCCUUCGUCCUCGAACUCUCUCGCGACUUCACUUGUCGUCCUCUCGCCGCACGAGACGCUUUGCCUUCUCGGCACCUGCUCCCUCACCGUCCUGCACGGAUCCAUCUCGAUUCUCGGAACCACCAUCCAUUCCUCACCUCGGAAAACGCACAAAAUCUAUUCCCCGAGCUCGUCGCCGCUCCCUGUCAUUCGCUGUUCGUUCGAGGGAAAGGGGAGGACAUCCGGGUUGGAUAACCUCCCGCCGCGGGUUCGCGAGUUGCUGGAAAGUGACGGCGAAGCUGAAGGCGUGGGGGCGAUUCUCGUGUUCCAGCACCUCCCGUCUGCCGUGGAACGCUUGGGAGUUGUGUGUAGGUCGUUCGAAGGCGUCUUCGAGCCUUCUAAAUGGCAGAAACAGAUGCAGGAGGAAGGUGUUGGAGACUUGGGUAUUCCCGGUGUUCACAUCGUGUACCGACAAACUCGAGAUAUUACCCCGUUCGUCCUCCCCGCAUCAUGGUCAGAUGCCCUCGACAAGGCUCUGAAGAAUUCACACCAAAGCGCUUCAUCUGGCGACGCACCCGUCUACGUCGUCAAAGGCCCUCGAAACACAGGCAAAUCGACAUUAGCACGGACACUUCUUAAUCGACUAUUGGGCAUCUACGAAAAAGUAGCGUUCUUGGACUGUGAUCUUGGUCAGACGGAGUUUACCCCUCCUGGGAUGGUCAGUUUGAGUGUAGUUGGGAAUGAAGUCUUCGGCCCACCGUUUACACAUCUCUCCGUCCCAUACGCCGCCCACUUUGUUGGAUCCACAACGCCCCGGUCCUCGCCCGAUUUUUAUCUCGAAGCCGUCGAAGCACUCCUCGACAAGUACAAAUCGGAGGUCGAGAGGGGCAGCGGCUCCCUCGAUUCUGAUGAAGAGGACGAUGAAGCCAUGGAUCAGGACGAAAACAAUACCUCCGCGCCCCGGAAAAAAAUCGACCACAUCGUGCCCCUCAUCGUCAACACCAUGGGCUGGACCAAAGGUCUCGGAGGAGACUUGACGAGGCGUAUUGAAGAAGUCUCUCAUCCGUCCGUCGUUUUCAGUUUCGAAGCUACCGGAAAUCCCGAGGAUCGCGAGAGCAGCGAUCGAGAAGGCGGGGUGGGCGCAUUCGGAAACGCCAAUGAUUUUGGAGGAGGAUCAGGGAUGGGGAUGCUAGUUGGACCCAGCCAGAAUGGCGUACAGAGGGAGGUGUACCAUCUCCAACCACCUCUGAAUCUUGAAGACGAUAGCGGAUCGAGGAACCGGCAAUCUCAGCGCUUCACGGCGGCAGACCAUCGAACGUUAACCCUGCUUUCGUAUUUCUACGGCGUCUUUCCCGAAACGAAGUCGAAGUUCGAUACCCGAAUCUCGCAUUGGUCGAUUUCAGCUCCUCUCCUCGCCAUCCCGCCGUACGAAGUGGACGUUUCGGUUGCGUUGGAUAGAGUCGUCCUCGCUGGAGCUGGGUAUGAGGAUGUAGUACCCAGCGAGAUUGGCAGGGCGGUGAAUGGGGCGGUUGUGGCCCUUAUCAGAGUUGGUGGACCCGACGGCGGGAACGACGAACGCGUAACCGACAAACAGGGUGAAGGGCCGCCUCUUGGGAUACCUUACAUCCAGGGAUCCGCGCCCCCAUCGCCAUACACCUCUACUUGCGUGGGCUUGGCCCUUCACGGAAGCGACAACCAGACACCACUCCUCCAAGUCCUCACACCGGUUCCUACAUCGUACCUCCCUGCAGCUAGGACGUGGGUGAAAGGCGAGUUGGAGAUGCCCGUAUGGGGACUGUUGGACUGGCGCGCAUGGGGCUCGCAUUCGUCAGCGGAUAAUGGUGUUGUGGUGGACCCGUCUGGAAAGUCGCAGGUGCCGUAUUUGCAGUGGGGACGGGGUGAUGUGAGUGGGACUGUUAUUGGUGGGGAGAAGAGGAGGGUGAGGAGGAAUUUGAUGCGGAGAGGGCAGAUGUAG